GAAGUCGUAAGUCGACACAACUGUCGCAGUGAAGAACAUGGCGUCCCGCGGCCGCUGUCCCUCUGUGAGCAGAAUACUGUCCACUGUGAAGCACGUCACACUCCGGUCCAGAGUGUGUGCGCCACACGGCAGGACGCAGUACUCCACUGUGUACAGCCCCAAUGAGAAGACCUUUGAUAAGAUCCUCGUGGCAAACAGAGGAGAGAUUGCUUGUCGGGUGAUGAAGACGUGUAAGAAGAUGGGCAUCCGCACAGUGGCCGUUCACAGUGACGUCGACUCCAGUGCAGUCCACGUGAAGAUGGCGGACGAGGCCGUGUGCGUCGGCCCCGCUCCCACCAGUAAAAGUUAUCUCAACAUGGACGCCAUCAUGGACGCCAUCAGGACCACAGGAGCACAAGCGGUUCAUCCUGGAUAUGGAUUUCUCUCUGAAAACAAAGAGUUUGCAAAAAGACUUGCGGCGGAGGGCGUCACGUUCAUCGGUCCAGACACUCACGCCAUUCAGGCGAUGGGGGAUAAAAUCGAGAGUAAACUGAUCGCGAAGGCGGCCAAAGUGAACACGAUCCCCGGGUUUGACGGCGUCGUCCAGACUGCAGAGGACGCCGUCAAAAUAGCUCAGAGUAUCGGUUACCCUGUGAUGAUCAAGGCGUCGGCCGGUGGAGGAGGGAAAGGGAUGAGAAUCGCCUGGAACGACGACGAGACCAGAGAGGGCUUCCGCUUCUCGUCUCAGGAGGCUGCGUCCAGUUUUGGAGAUGACAGACUCCUGAUAGAGAAGUACAUCGAUAAUCCACGACACAUCGAGAUCCAGAUCUUAGCAGACAAACAUGGCUCUGCUCUGUGGCUCAAUGAGAGAGAGUGUUCUAUUCAGAGGAGGAACCAGAAGGUGGUGGAGGAGGCUCCCAGUACCUUCCUGGACCCUCAGACUCGUUCAGCGAUGGGGGAGCAGGCGGUGCAGUUGGCCAGGGCGGUGCAGUACUCGUCUGCAGGGACGGUGGAGUUCCUCGUCGACUCCAGAAAAAACUUCUACUUCUUGGAGAUGAACACUCGUCUGCAGGUGGAGCACCCCAUCACCGAGUGCAUCACGGGGCUGGACCUGGUGGAGCAGAUGAUCCGUGUGGCCAAAGGUUUCAAGCUCCAACACAAACAGGAGGACAUCCCCAUCAACGGCUGGGCCAUCGAGAGCCGCGUUUACGCCGAGGAUCCGUACAAAUCCUUUGGUUUGCCAUCGAUCGGCCGCUUGUCCCAAUAUCAAGAACCUCUGAACCUCAGAAAUGUUCGUGUGGACAGUGGGAUUCAGGAAGGCAGUGACAUCAGCAUCUAUUAUGACCCGAUGAUUUCCAAGUUGGUGACGUACGGUGCGACGCGCGCUGAGGCCCUCGCAAAGAUGGAGGACGCUCUGGACAAUUAUGUGAUCAGAGGAGUGACCCAUAACAUCCCUCUUCUGCGUGAGAUCAUCACUCAUCCUCGUUUCGUCGCUGGAGACGUCAGCACCGGUUUCCUCCCGGAGGUUUAUCCCGACGGGUUUAAGGGCCACCAGCUGGACAGGGGGCGCCGUCGAGAACUGCUGGCCUCCGCUGCGGCGCUGUAUGUGACCGCAGAGCUCAGGUCGCAGAAGGUCCUGGGGCCACAGAGAGUGGCCUGCAGCCCCGUGGACAGGAGCAGGUGGGAGCUCUGUGUGGAGCUCGGAAAAGAACUUCACGACGUCAGUGUCACUAAAUCUGGAAAAACCUUCACUGUUUGUGUGGACGAUGAGGAGGUGCAGGUGACUGGAGACUGGAACCUGGCGUCUCCCCUUUUGCCUCUGACCAUAAACGACACUCCCAGAAUGCUCCAGUGUUUGUCUCGAGCUGCUUCAGGUGAAAUGUUCCUCCAGUUCCUCGGCACCUCGUUUAAGCUGCGUGUUCUGACCACUCUGGCUGCAGAGCUCAACUCUCUCAUGCCCGAGAAGGUCCCAGAGGACACCACCAGCAUCCUGAGGUCCCCGAUGCCCGGGACGGUCAUCGCCGUGUCCGUCAAAGUCGGAGAUACGGUUGCAGAGGGUCAGGAGAUUUGUGUGAUUGAAGCCAUGAAGAUGCAGAACAGCCUCACGGCCGUGAAACAAGCCAAGGUCAAAAGUGUCCACUGUAAAUCUGGAGAAACUGUGGGAGAAGGAGAUCUGCUGGUGGAGCUGGAGUAGAGGAGCUCCUCCUCCUCCUCCUCCUCCUCCUCCUCCUCACACCCUCAGACCAGGACGUCCUCCUCCUCCUCCUCCUCUGUGGACCCUCAGACCAGGACGUGCCUUCUCUUUAAGGCUCUGCACAUUUCCACCUCUGCUCCUCCUCUGCUCCUCCUCUGCUCCUCCUCUGCUCCUCCUCUGCUCCUCCUCUUCUCCUCUUCUGCUCCUCUUCUGCUCCUCUACAGCUCGUCACAGUCCUGUUUCCAGAGACGCGUCUCCCUCGGCUGCAGGACGUGUGAAAUACGCCUCAUCUCCUGAUUGACUUUACAUUGUGUAUGGAACAGAGCGCCCCCUGGUGUGUACAUACUGAAGUGAUUAGUCUCUGAAGCUGCUUCUGAUUUAAAUAGUUUAUACAGACUAAUGUGAAUUCUUUAGGUCAUUUUAAACCUGGUAAAAGACAGAGUUUAAUGAGUUUGUUGUUGCUGUUGAAUCUCGAGCCUUUAAGCUCCAAGAAUGUGUUUUAUAUCCCGUUUCCUGUCCCUCAGUAAAGUCUGAGGUUCAGUCUCAUGUUUGAACUUCAUAUCUGCAGGUUCAGUAGAAAAUCAAAACCUAAAGAACGACCCAACACAUCUGAGGCUCAGCUCGUGUCUACGGUUCAUCUCAUUCAUCCAUUUACACUAAAUAUUUGUUCCAUUUAAUCUUUGCCUUGGUCUUUUUGGACUGAGGCUGUAGCUCAUUCCACAGAACUGACUCUUUGGAGGUUUUACUGUAACUUCACUUCGUGAUUCUGACACUUGGAUUGAAAUGAAAAUCUAAAUCACGAUGUGUUCUGGCUGUAACCACUCCAAGCUCCAAGCACACACAUGUGUACACACACACACACACAUACAUUAUAUUUAAAUACGUGGAACUGGUCUUUUGUGCCUUUUCUUGUACAGUUAAAAUGACAAACAGCUCAAGAUCUUUUCCUGUUUUGUUUUAUUUGACAAAAUCAAUAAACAGUUUUAAUAAGAGUCGUGUCUCUUACAGUUU